CCGGACCCCAGCCUCACCGCUGUCCCAAGUUCUCUCUCUUGUGUGAGGACUAAGAUCUAAGGUCCCACAACCAUCCAGGGGCAGUUCCGCAAGGCCCUCUUUGGGGGCGUUUUCCUCUUCCUUCUUCUAAAGCUGACCAAAGCGGACUAAAGAUCCUCACCUAGCUCCAUCCCCCUCGACCCCGCUAUGGCUAAGAAAGGGAAAAAGGCCAAGUUGCCCCUGUCCGAUGAGGAGCAGCUGCUUCUGUUUCAGCAGAAGUUGCUGGCAGAGGAGGAGAUGGCCAAGAAGAAAGAAAGGCUCCUGAGCCAGUUCUUGAAGGACAAGUUGGCCAAGGAGGAGCACAAUAGUGCUCUGAACCUUAACAAGAUUAACACACAGUGGAGAACCGUCCUUAGGGAAGUCAAGACCAGAGAGCUUCAUAAGGACAUUGAGAUCCUCAGCCAAACAUUUGAACGAGUGGUGGACUGCAAGGACAGUGUCAUCAAGUCUUUAGCCAAGGACCUGUCGGAAGCAGAGGAGCAGUAUGCCCAUGCCCUGCGCAGCCACCUGCACAGCAUCGACCAGCUCUUAGCCCUGCAGAGACGCCGGCUCUGCCUCCUAGAGGAAAGCUACAACAUGGAGCUGGAGGCCCUAACCAAGGAGUUUGAGACCGAAAGGAAGACAAUUAUUGACCAGCAUGAAAAAGAGAUUCACUACCUACAAGAUGUCUUCAUGGCCAUGGAGCAGAACUAUAUAGAUUCUGAGUAUGAAAGUAAGCUGGAGUUCCAGAGCAUGUGGGAUGAUCUCAAAAACAAGAAUCUAGAAGAGAAGCAUUUUCUAAGACUGCAACUGGAGAACAUAGUAGAAGACCUGUGGAGAAGGUUCCAGGAGGCACUCAAGAAUUACACCGAUGCCACAGAAGACCAAAAGAUUGCCUUUGAGACUCUGAAGGUGAAAGAUGAGAAGAGCUCCAAAGAGAUUGAAGCACAGAUGAAAAAAAUACAGAGACUACAGGACUCCAUAAUUAUUUUAAAAAGCAAGAUCACGAUGCACAACCGUGAGAGUGAAGACCAGAACCAGUACAUCCGUAAGGACAAAGAGCUGGUCCUUGCCCAGCUGCGAAAACUUAAAGCCCAAAGGACUCAGGCCCGGGAACUAUCACAGGAAAACUUAGUCAAACUCACCUUGGAAAGUAAUGCCACCCUCAAGGCCCUGAGAAAGAUCGUCGAUAAGGGUGAAAAGAUUCUGAAACUUGCUGAAAUAUGUAGGAAGUUUGAAACCGAGGAAGAAAAAGUGCUGCCUUUCUAUUCAACAGUCUUGACUCCCGAGGAGCAGAAGGAGAUAGAAGAAAUUUACCCAGAGGAGCUUACUGAGGAGCUCACAAAGGUGAUAGUGAACUACAAAGGGAUGGAGAAUUUCUGGAAAAGGUACAACAAAGUGAAACUGGAGCAACUGAGCCUCCAGCACAGACACACCCAGUUGUCAGAAAUCAAUAGGAAGUUGCGGGAGAUGCUGAAGCAGUACUUGGAUGGCAUCUCAGUGAGUGAUGAAGUGCUAAGCCAGCUCAACCCACUCUUCAUCGUCAACCAUCGCAGUAACUUACCCCAGCCUUUGUCCACACCUACCACCCAGCCAGGUGACAAACCACCUCCAGCCACUUACAACAUCAUUGAAGCAGCCCACGUGAUCUCCCACAUCCUGUGAUAGGAGAAGAUCGCUUUUCAAACCCCAAACAAUUUUUUGAGAGAACUGAAGACUUUGCUAUUAAAAAUUUCCAAGAGGGUUUAUGAGUGCCUUCUAUGUUUGCUAUAUUGGAGAGUGCAGCCUAUUUGGAAGAUACUAGGAAUACAGUGGCCCCA